AUGUUUCCCUGCCAUGUAUCUCCCUGGCCCUCCACUGAGCCGCCACCUCCUUGUGGUAGUCAUGCAGCGCCGACACAACCCACGCUCCCACCACAGCCUCUACCUGACCUGCUGUGCAGCUGCCCUGCUCCACCGUUGAAUACGCAUGCUGACAUGCCCUCACCAGACCCCAUGGAGUCGCUCAUUGUGGUUACAGAGUACGAGCCCAGCCAGUCACCUGGAGAGGCUGGAGAGGAGGAGGAGGUAGAGGCUAUGGACAGUUCUGAGACGCCUGAACCUGCUUCUUCAGUGGGCCCACCGUUUCGCACUCCAUCAUGUGACCUGCUCUCACACACGGCCGGUCAUCAAGAGACCCUGUUACCUGAUUCCCAGGAGCAAAGGGGAAGACUGAACCUGUCGGACAGGAAGCUCUCCCUCCAAGAGCGUUCACAAUCUGCCACAUCACCCUGGAGCUCCCCGGGACUCAAUGGGCGCUAUAUUUACCCCUCACUGCCCUAUUCCCCCAUCACAUCACCCCACUCCUCUCCAAGGCUGCCCCGCAGGCCUACUGUUGAGUCCCACCGAGUUUCAAUCACUGACCUCCAGGAUUGUGUGCAACUCAACCAGUAUAAGCUGAAGGACGAGAUUGGAAAGGGUUCCUACGGUGUUGUCAAGCUGGCUUAUAAUGAAGAUGAUAACACAUACUAUGCGAUGAAGGUGCUAUCCAAGAAGAAGCUGAUGAGGCAGGCCGGUUUCCCACGGAGACCCCCGCCACAUGGAGCCAAAGUGGUCCCAGAGGGCCCCCCUCAACCCAAAGGACCCCUGGAGCGGGUCUAUCAGGAGAUCGCCAUCCUGAAAAAGUUGGACCACCCUAAUGUAGUGAAGCUUGUAGAGGUUUUGGAUGACCCCAGUGAGGACCAUCUGUACAUGGUGUUCGAGCUGGUCAAACAAGGGGCUGUGAUGGAGGUUCCAACGGAUAAACCAUUUAAUGAGGACCAGGCUCGCUUUUACUUCCAGGACCUGCUCCGGGGAAUUGAAUUCUUGCAUUACCAGAAGAUAAUCCACAGAGACGUCAAACCUUCAAACCUGCUGGUGGGAGAAGAUGGCCACAUCAAGAUAGCAGACUUUGGUGUCAGUAACCAGUUUGAGGGUGCUGAUGCUCUCCUCACCAGCACAGUGGGAACACCUGCCUUUCUAGCGCCUGAGACACUGUCUGAGACCAGGAAGAACUUCUCUGGCAAGGCUUUGGAUGUUUGGGCCAUGGGAGUAACGCUGUAUUGCUUUGUCUUUGGAGUGUGUCCGUUUAUGGACGAGCGCAUCCUGAGUCUUCAUCAGAAAAUCAAGACCCAGCCUGUGGAGUUGCCAGAAAAUGCUGACAUAUCAGAUGAUCUCAAAGAUCUACUGCUUAAGAUGUUGGACAAAAACCCAGAAACCAGAAUCUCAAUUCCACAGAUUAAGGUACACCCAUGGGUAACAAGGCAUGGCGCUGAGCCCCUCCCUGCAGAAGAUGACAACUGUUGUAUGCUGAUUGAGGUGACUGAGGAGGAGGUGGAGAAUUCUGUCAAACACAUCCCAAGCCUGGCUACUGUGAUUCUUGUGAGAACUAUGCUGAGGAAGCGCUCCUUCGGUAACCCCUUCGACUGGGGCCGCAGAGAAGAUCGAGGCAGUCCAUCAGCUCCUGGACAAGUGCUCAUGAAACAGGAGAGCGGGGAUGGGUUGAGAAGUAUGGACCUACCCUAUGUGGGUGAGGAUGAGGCCCUUUCCUGACACAGAGGGUUUCUGAUGUGCGCUGGAAACGAUCUGUCUGCCUGCAACCAACGCAGCCCAACACCCCUUUACUCACUGUUUUACACAGUCAACUUACCAAGGUUUCCCUGGGAAGUGGAAAUGACUGGCUUACAUGAAAGACAUGGACAAAGCGGGUGUAAUGAUAUUAGGCACUCCAACAGUUUCUGCUACCUUUAUUCCAUUUGCUCCUUAAAUGAAGAAAUCUGAAAAUGAUUUAAGGUUUUUUUGAAAUGAGAUUUGAAUAUGGACACCUUCAGAGGGGAAAUUUUGUUCCCUAGCACCUGAACCUGUCCUCACCCCUCACCCGUUACCAUGACCUUAUCCUUCUCAAUCCUGCAUGCCUUUGUAGUCCUAGCAUGCUUUGUCUCAGGCUUCAACUGUACAGUACAGUGUUUGACUUUAGUUCUAGCCCCCUGUGUUCAUCUUUCCUCUUCUUUACUUGACAAAGCUGUUGUUUUUACAGCAGGGGUAUAAUUGGGCAUUAGGGCAACAGUUGGGGUUUUUAUACCAGUGGAUAGGAUGGUUACUGGUCCUGAACAACUUGGUGCCCACCACCAGCCCCAUAUUCUCCUUUAGUAGAGCAGGUUUCUUGACAAUGAUUGUCUGGUGCACUCUUCUGCUGUGGUGACCAGUUUUGUAACAUAUUUGAGGGCAAAAAAAUCUGUACAGUUUACUGAAAUGAAAAGAGGAGGUUAAAAUAAAAUGUUUACUUCAUACAAUGCAUGUGUUCACUUUCCCAAUGCAAAUAUUGUAUAAGCUACAGGCUAUUUUAAAUGUACACAUUCAUACAAUUACCUUUUUCAGAAGUUUUUGUUUUUGUUACACCAACAAUGGCACAUUGUGAAGAAACCAAGUUGAAAGCUUUUAGUGCUAUGGGAACUUCCACACACAUUCUUCACAACUUUAAACAGGAUAGCAUAGAAAAAUUAAGAUUUUCUUGAGCACAAUUUGUGCGAAGUUUGAUGAGUCUUUUCUACGCUACUGUAAUAUCAAAAACAUUUGAGUUAAAGUGUUAUUUGUGAUAAUCUGAUAAAUUGGCAGUGAACGGACUAUUCCACCAAAUGGGCUUAAUGAACGGAAACCGUUCAUUAAUGAACAGAAACCGUUCAUUAAGCAAAUUUUACGACACUCAUUAUCUAAAGUUAUUGGAAUAACUUGAUGAUUUGUCAAAAUUGUAUCAACUGCAAUGCAGUCCUACCAAACAGUAUGGACAAGAAAUGUCGGUGUAUUGGUAGAACUCAUGGCAUCUGGGGGAAACAUUUAAAUCAUUGGAAAUGAAAACAGUUUGAAAGCUUCUUGUAUUUGUGUCACUGCUCAAAAUGGAUGUUUGUGUUUAUAGUGAAAUCAAGAAAUUGCCUGUUGAACCUCAAGUUCCAAAACACCAAAAAAACUAAAUCAGCUAUCUGAUUUAGCUGAUUUUGUACAGACUUCUACCUUAAAUUUAUCAAUACCUUUAAACAGUUAUUCUUUAAUAAAAUGUCUUCAAUUAAUAAAGUAGGUAACCCAUAUAAGUUUUAACAUGGAAUCAUUUGUGCAGAUGCAGGCCUUUCUUACAAAUCUAUGCAUAACAUAUUGUAUUUCUAAUAAUAUUGAACUUAAAAAUCUUCAUCAACAUUUGGUUAGAAUAUAUGCCACCCAUACACAUAA